AUGCCUCCGAGCCCAGAGCCCAGAGGCACCUAUCCUAUAGCUGAUAAGCGCUGCCCUCCGAGCCCAGAGGCACCUAUAGCUGAUAAGCGCUGCCCUCCGAGCCCAGAGGCACCUAUAGCUGAUAAGCGCUGCCCUCCGAGCCCAGAGGCACCUAUAGCUGAUAAGCGCUGCCCUCCGAGCCCAGAGGCACCUAUAGCUGAUAAGCGCUGCCCUCCGAGCCCAGAGGCACCUAUAGCUGAUAAGCGCUGCCCUCCGAGCCCAGAGGCACCUAUAGCUGAUAAGCGCUGCCCUCCGAGCCCAGAGGCACCUAUAGCUGAUAAGCGCUGCCCUCCGAGCCCAGAGGCACCUAUAGCUGAUAAGCGCUGCCCUCCGAGCCCAGAGGCACCUAUAGCUGAUAAGCGCUGCCCUCCGAGCCCAGAGGCACCUAUAGCUGAUAAGCGCUGCCCUCCGAGCCCAGAGGCACCUAUAGCUGAUAAGCGCUGCCCUCCGAGCCCAGAGGCACCUAUAGCUGAUAAGCGCUGCCCUCCGAGGCCAGAGGCACCUAUAGCUGAUAAGCGCUGCCCUCCGAGCCCAGAGGCACCUAUAGCUGAUAAGCGCUGCCCUCAGAGCCCAGAGGCACCUAUAGCUGAUAAGCGCUGCCCUCCGAGCCCAGAGGCACCUAUAGCUGAUAAGCGCUGCCCUCCGAGCCCAGAGGCACCUCUAGCUGAUAAGCUCUGCCCUCCGAGGCCAGAGGCACCUAUAGCUAGCUGA